AUGACAGCUGUGGAUAAAACCAAGAGGAUAGGCCACUGGUAUUUUGGAGGUGUUGCUAGUGCUAUGGCCGCUUGUUGUACUCAUCCUUUGGAUUUACUUAAGGUUCAUCUGCAGACUCAACAAGGUGGGAAUGUUAGCCUAUUCUCAAUGGCUGUCAGAGUGGUUAAAAAUGAUGGGAUUCUCGGGCUUUACAAUGGUCUAUCGGCUUCAAUUUGCAGACAGCUGACAUAUUCUCUGACAAGAUUUGCCAUCUAUGAGACAGUGAAAAAAGAGUUAGUUAAAGAUGGACGCAACAUGCCGUUUUAUGAGAAAGUUCUCGUAGCGGCAGUAGCAGGAGCAUCUGGUGGCCUGGUUGGAACCCCAGCUGAUCUUGUGAAUGUCAGAAUGCAGAAUGAUAUAAAACUGCCAAAAGAAGAAAGAAGAAACUACAAGCACGCAAUUGAUGGAAUGUAUCGAGUGGUGCGGUAUGAAGGUCCCAUCAAAGCUUUCAAUGGUGCCACAAUGGCCAGCAGCAGAGCGGUCCUAGUCACGGUUGGACAGUUGGCUUGUUAUGACCAGCUGAAGAAUUUAUUGCUGAAGUCUAGUUUCUUCAAUGACAACUUAACACUGCACCUAACAUCAAGUACUCUGGCUGGCAUGAUAGCAACACUUCUGACACAGCCCCUUGAUGUGAUGAAGACAAGAAUGAUGAAUGCUCCACCUGGAUUUUAUAGUAGUAUAAUGUCAUGUGCACUUGAUAUAGGAAAGAACGGACCACUUGGCUUCUUUAAGGGUUUUGUUCCAGCAUUUGUUCGCUUGGGCCCUCACACAGUCUUGACCUUUGUGUUUUUUGAACAAAUUCGACAGAAUUUUGGAGAUGUUUUGAAUACAUAUUUUUUUUUCACAAAAUAG